CACUUCCCGCGAACUCCGCGGCGCGCCCGCCCUCGCCUGCCGCAGUGCCCAAGUUCGCGCCGCGCGCCGCCCGCGGAGCUGGCCGGCGGCGUCCGGGCCUGGGGAGGCGCUCGCCCGGGCCGGGCCGCGCCCCGCCCCGCCGAGCGGGGACCCGGGCUCCGAGCGUCUCCUCUCCUGCCGGGUUUCUCGGGGCGCUCGGGACACUAGGUCUCCCCCGACCGGACGGACGGAGCCCAGUCCUCUGGGGUGGGCAACCCGCGCGGGCUCGGCCUGGGGACACGGCCCCGGGGACACGCCCCUCCCUCCUGGGCCGUCCGAGGGAGGGACCUGUUGGGCACCUAGCCAUGUGUCCCCUGGCUGUCUGUUCUAGCUGAGCCUGUCCUGUGUAGUGGGGGGCUGGGCGGGGGGAGAGCACCCUCCGUGGGCUGGCCAUCUGGUAGAGCUGGUCUUCUGAGCACCCUGCACGCACACCCCUGUACCCGUCUGGUCUGGUCCGGGUCUCUCUCCAGGUCUCCCCUUCCCCUCCCCCCACCUUCCCCUCCGCUUCCCUCUUGAGCUACAGACCCCUCUCCCCUCGCCCCCCGCAGUUUGCCCUGAUGACAAAGGACGCGGUUCUCCUGGUCUCGGCGCAGGUGCUUCUCAGCACUCCGUGCGCGGUGUCGUCUAAGCCCCGCACAGAGCCCAGGAGAGGUAUCUUCAAGUGUUGGCUCCAUUUUAGAGAUGAGGAAACAAGGAGUUAGGUGAAGGGUCAAGCAGCGGGCACUGCCCUCCACCUUCCAACAAUCCCCCUCCCCCUCUCCCCGUGGCCCUCUGUGGUGUCCAUCCCUCCUAGGAGGCCGCUGGCAUUCUCCCGUGGGACAAGCCACCGUUUGUUGGUACCUUGGCUGGAGCCUGAGUGAAGGAGAUGGGAGGGGGAGACCCAGGGUGGUUGGCCCCCUGCUGUUUCGGUGAGCUGGCUGGAAGGGGCACAGCAGUAGAACAGGAUAUCCCUCGUCCCCUCUCAGUGGCAGAGAUCGGUUCUCGGUGGUCACACCCAGGCGGGGUGGGCGCCGGACAUGGUGUCUGAAACCGCGCUGAGUCGGAGCCGGCUUCGGCCGGCCUCUGCUCUGCAGCCGUUCCGAGCCUCCUGCAGAAUCUUGGACCAGGAGAAAAAGCUUGUGCAUUUUCUGACACGGGGACACCAGGCCACCCUGGCUGCCCGGAGUGCGUCUGGGUUCUUUGUCCUGGAUGUGCUGGGACACUCGAGAGCCUGUCUUUGGGAGGUGGGCUCGUGGGUGACUUUUAACAGAACCCUUAAAGCCUCUCUCUGUUUUCCAACGAAAACGUGAGAUGCAUUAUUCAUACAAGAGAGACGGUGCUGAUGGUAAGUGCUGAGCUGACAUUCACAGCCUACGUUCCUCGGGCACCUCUGCCUCUAGGGCUCAGCGUGCUUGACUUGCAGCCUGGGCUGGGGUGGGCCUGGGACCCCUCCUGGGACAGAAAGUAAGAAAUGUGGCUUUGACCCUUUCAAGGAUGUUCCCAGGGCUCCACCCCCCGCCUCUUCCUCUGAGGUCUGUGCUCCCAGGAAUGCAGAGGCAGGUAUGGGCUGCACCGGACACGGACUCCCUCCAGGCCCUGGGCCUUCCGGUACCAUCCACUGCACUCACCAUCUGUAGGGUUGGGAGUCUCAGGCAGCUGAGGCCUCAUUCCCUCCACCCCGGGGAAGCAAGUCUUGUCCCUGCGGCCCAUGGCCAAUCUGCCCCCUUCCGGGUGACCCUGUCCCGUCUCGCCCGGCUCUUCUCCGACCUGGUCCCUCCCUGGGUUCUGUUGUCCUGCUGGGGUGUGGGGGGUGAGAUGAGCUGCCCUGGCUGGGGGCAGGGUGGGGAACGUCUGCUGAGCCGUUUGAGCGGGAACUGCGGCCCAGAUCACGGCCCUUCGCUCCUGAUUCUCCAGCGUGUUUCUCCCAAGAGCCUGCAGACCCCCGUGUAACAGGCGCACUUGGGGAACUUGACCCGGGCUGCGUUCUUGGGACAAGACAAGCUGCCUUCCAGCUGAGGAUCUAUCGUGUUAGCUGGCCUGGGCCUGGCUCCUUCCCGUGGCCGGUGUCCCCGAGGGGUGUCCCGGCCCAAGGAACCUGGCCUUCAGGCCUGGUCUUUUGAAGGGGAGCAAUGUCUUCGGUACAGUUGGAGGGGUGUCUCCCUCCACAGGGACAGGGGCCGCCGGUCCCUGGCUGGACCCAGAGCUGUUGCUGGCUGUGGGCAGCCCCACUUCAGGAGCUUGUAAAGUCUGGUUGGGGCUGGGGUCCGACUGGGGGCUGGUGAGGGGCUUCAGGGCCUCUCACUGCCUGCCUGCCCGCCUGCCGGGUCUGCAGAGAGCGCUGCCCGGCCCGUCCGCGUUCUAGACCCUGCCCAGGCCUCUCCGAACGCCUCAUUUGCGUUCAGCACGCUUUCCCGGGCAUCCCCUUGGUCCUCCCCGAGGUGAGCCGUCUGGCCCUCGGGUACUUCCAGGUGGGGCCGGAAUUUAGGACCAGAGCCAGCAUCUUCAUUGGUGUCCUCGCCCCAGUUCAGAGAUGAGAGCGACCCCCUCACGCCGUGGCCCUGGGUGAAGCCUGUGUGUCCUCCCCUGCCCGCCGCAGCCUCGUUCCCUCUUUCCUUGUGUCCUGAGCCACCGAGGUUGUGCCUGGGAGGCUACAUCCCCCCCCGCCCCCCCGAGCCCCCCCCACCAGCCAUCCUGGGCUCCAGGGACCUAGCCCGCUGGCCGGGGGAAGCAGUCCCCUUAGCGAGGCCGAGGCCCGAGGCGCCACUGCCACCCACCCUGCCUCUGAGCAGCCAGGGAUCCUGGCGACCUCUGUUUCUCUUUUAGCAAAUCCUUGCUCUCACCAGUCCUGGCUCUCGAUGAGAUCAUUUGCAAAGUAUGCUUCCCGGCUGGCCCCGGCUCCCUCAUUGUGUCUGUCACCUGCAGCUGCCUGCUCGCUGGGAGCUGGCCUUGCUCUGCCCUGGCCUCUGGCCUUUGUCAUUUAAAGUUCAGGUUUUGGAAGAAGGCGCCCUGUGGGGGAGGGUCUCAGCAGGUGGGGCAGGCACAGAGGUGUUUGGGACGUGAACUUGGGAGCCGAGCUCCCUGGUGGCUGCCUUUGUGGUUGGCAUCCUCAGAGUGGCGCAGCCCCCAUGAGGACAUGGACAGUGGGGGCCGCUCACCCCUGCCCGGGCCUGGGAGCCGGUCUGAGCAGGAGAAACGGAGCUGGAAUCCGAUGCGGCGCCGGCUCUCUGGGGCCUGCCCCGCCCCCAGCUUCCGCUGGCUGGACCUGGGUCCGGGCAAGGAGGCUCUUGGGAGCAGGACCUCGGAGGUCUCUCUCAGGUCACAUCCAGCUCAAGGCUUUGUGACCUUGGGUGGGUAACGUACCCCCUCUGAGCCCCACCCUGGCCUGUGUGUCGUGAUGCUACUGCUGCGAGGCCCAAGGUGAGCAGGCCCCGCCUGGGGGCCCUGUGGAGGUGCCCCCUCCCUGGAGGUGGACCAGAGCCAGUGAGGGGUUCAUGCCCCUUUAAGGGGAGGCUGCUUCUCGGUCUCCAGGGCGGAUGGAGGCAUACUUUUCUCUGAGGUGUUGGUCUCUGGUCCCACGGAAAGGAGAGGCUGGCUCUGGGUCUCUCUGAAGGAAUCUUCCCCCUCCCUCUUGGCCCUGGGCCCUGGCAUCCAGGAGGGCACAUGGCCAUGGAUGGGCCGGGAGCUCCUGAGCCCCGCCCCGUGUCUGCCUGUGUGCCUGGGAAGCAGCAGGGCCGGGGGCGGGGACCGCAGGGGCCUGAAAGUGCCCAUAUAUAGUCACUGGGGUGAGCAGUGAGCCCGGCCGCCGGCUGUGGGGCUGUGUCCCAGGCCCAGGGCUGGCUGGCCCCCAGGCCCAGCAUCAGGCCCAGCCCCCAGGUCCUCGAUUUGGGGCGAAGCAUCAGAUAUAGCAGCAGGCACAGGUUUGGUGCUCCAGGAGUGUUUGUUGAUUGAAAAUAAAAAUCUCCUGGAUACUUGGUAGUCUGGGCCAAGUGUAUGUCUUGAGACGCCAUUUUUGAAAGUUGGAGGCCGUAGCCACCGAGGGCCCCUCACUGUGGGCUGGGGGCGGGGUGCCAGCUCGUCUGCACCCACAACCUUUGCCCCACAAAAUGCCCCCUUCAUUAUGGUGACACCCGUAGAUGUUCCCUCCCCAUCCCCAGAGAUGGGCGGCAUUUUCUGGAAGAGGGCCUCCCUCCCUCUGCCUCCUGGACACUGCCUGGAGUCCAGCUAGUGGGGAAGGGGCCGGGCGUUCCCGCGCUGCCGGUGGUCUUUGCAGGAAGUCUGCUCCCUGUGCCCCCGGGUUGUCCUGGGUCCCCACCCUAGCCCUGGGCACCUGCGUGUCUUCCUAACUCGCCCAUCCCAGUCUCUGCACCAAGAAAGGAGAAGCAGCCGCCUCUGCUCCGUUCCGACUUUUGUGCUGUUAAAAAUCACAGUGUUAACAUAGUUUUGCUCCUUUAAUUUAGUUUCCAUUGCACUGCUAAGCGCCUUUGUGAAAUUUUGUAUAUUGAUACUUUUUGUUGUUGUCAGCAGUUUUUUUGGCCAUGUAAAGCCAUUAGGGUGAGAGAAGAUUAAAAAGAUACAUUACAAUUAAAAUGUUAAUGAAAUCUGCAUCAUACAACUUUUGAAACCCUUUAGGCAUUAAUCUUGCCUGUGUCAUGUCCAUUAACUUUAGUUAUUCCUAUUCCACACUGACCCCUGCUGAGAGAUUUGUGCUAUAAUUGGAUUUUUUUUUUUAAUAAAAAAAAGAAAGCUUUUAAGAAAAUAGAGGUUGAGUGGUGGGCCCCGCUCCUGCAUGAAGAGAAAAGGAGAGAAGGGGCUCCCCUUGGUGGCGGCCGUGGGCCCCCUGUCUCCUCCGGGUCCUGGCCUCGGUCCUCUCUGCAUCCCUGUGGGUGACCGUCCACGCAAGCCCUGCUCCUGCGGCGCCCCCAGGGGGACCGAGUGUGGCCGUGUGCUCAGACCUGCGUCCAUGCCAGGACCGGCUCACCCAUGGCGGGAGGGUGUGCCGUGGCCGCAGUCGGGCUGUGGGUGUGCAGGGGUCAAGGAUGAGCUCGCCUUCCGGGGCUGGGUCCCCGAGUCCAGCUGCUGGGUAAGGGGCUGCAACAGGGAAGUUCUGGAAGCGCCGAUGGUUUUGAGUUUUCAGGAUCCCGCGUCCGCCACACGACACGCGCCUGGAAGUCUGGUGGCGUGGGCACUGGAGUCUCCAGCCCGAGGCAGGGGCUGGGGGCUGUGGGGAUGGGGAGCGCCCCCCUGACCUACCCCCAGGGGAGUUGGGACCCCCGAUGAGAGCAAGCCCUAGGUGCUCCGUUAACUUCUCUGCACGGACUCACCCUUGACCGUGGCCGGAGCCCGUGGUGGUUCAGAUCUGGGCGGUGCCCCUGCUGGGACGCACCCCUGGCCCGGGUGAGGCCCGGGCAGUGUGGGACGCGGGGCUGGCCCGGGCGGCCCGGGUCUCGCCAGCCCCCGUGCUGCAGUGACAGCCGUGGCGCUGGGAAGCUGGUCAGGUGGUUGGCAGGGGGCUGCAACAGAUUUCAUGUCUGUGUGUUUUUGCAACACCUUUCUAUAAAGGGAAACAUAAUUUAAAAUAUGAUUACUUAGUGUUGUAACAGCCGCCUCAGCGCUCCAGCUAUGCCGAGAUCAUUAUCAGAGGCUGAUAUUAACUUGCAAAGAAUAUUAUGCAAAUUGCCCGCUGGCUUCUCCGGGAAACCUUCUGCCGGGAUGGGGAUGUGCGUGGGGUGUGCGGCACGGGCGGGUCCCUCCGGGGCCACACCCCUGCGUGGCCGGCCCAUCAGCCAUCGUCGGUUCCUGGCCGUGUCUCAGGACACUGGGCCGAGUCUGUCCCCUUCCUCCACACCAUCCCUCGCCCCUUGUCUGCGUUGGGAGGAGGUGGGGGGGGGACACGGGGAGCCUUGGGGCAGGAUGGACCCAGUGGAGGCUUCCGGGCAGGGUAGGGGCUGGAGGCUCGCGUCCCCCAGGCUCGCCAGUGGUCCCUGUGCUACCUGUUGAAUGCGCCCCGCUCGGCCGCUCCCGCACUGAGAGUCUGAGGCCCGCCCGCCACCCCCGCCCGCCAUGUCGCAGAUGCUGCACAUCGAGAUCCCCAACUUCGGGAACACCGUGCUCGGCUGCCUCAACGAGCAGCGUCUGCUGGGCCUCUACUGCGAUGUGUCCAUUGUGGUCAAGGGCCAGGCCUUCAAGGCCCAUCGGGCCGUCCUGGCCGCCAGCAGCCUCUACUUCCGCGACCUGUUCAGCGGCAACAGCAAGAGCGCCUUCGAGCUGCCGGGCACCGUGCCGCCCGCCUGUUUCCAGCAGAUCCUGUCCUUCUGCUACACGGGCAGGCUGACCAUGGCGGCCAGCGAGCAGCUCGUGGUCAUGUACACGGCCGGCUUCCUGCAGAUCCAGCACAUCGUGGAGCGCGGCACGGACCUCAUGUUCAAGGUGAGCUCGCCCCACUGCGACUCGCAGACCGCUAUGAUCGAGGACGCCAGCUCCGAGCCCCAGAGCCCCUGCAACCAGCUGCAGCCGGUCACCGCCGCGCCCCCCUACGUCGUGUCCCCCUCCGUGCCCAUCCCGCUGCUGACCCGCGUCAAGCACGAAGCCGUGGAGCUGCCGCUGGCCGCGGGCCCAGGCCUGGCCCCCAAGCGCCCGCUGGAGACGGGGGCCCGGGACGGCGCGGCAGCGGCGACGGGCCCCGCGGUGGCGGCAGGCACGGCCCCCCUCAAGCUGCCCCGGGUCUCCUACUACGGGGUGCCCAGCCUGGCCACCCUCAUCCCCAGCAUCCAGCAGGCGCAGUACUCCCAGGGGGAGCGGACCAGCCCGGGGGCCAGCAGCCUGCCCACCACCGACAGCCCCACCUCCUACCACAACGAAGAGGAUGACGAGGAUGACGAGGCCUAUGACACCAUGGUGGAGGAGCAGUACGGCCACAUGUACGUCAAGGCCGCGGGCAGCUACGCAGUGCAAGAGAAGCCGGAGCCCGUGCCACUGGAGAGCCGUUCCUGCGUCCUCAUCCGCCGCGACCUGGUGGCCCUGCCCGCCAGCCUCAUCAGCCAGAUCGGGUACCGCUGCCACCCCAAGCUCUACUCCGAGGGGGACCCGGGCGAGAAGCUGGAGCUGGUGGCAGGCUCCGGCGUCUACAUCACGCGUGGCCAGCUGAUGAACUGCCACCUGUGCGCGGGGGUGAAGCACAAGGUGCUGCUGCGGCGCCUCCUCGCCACCUUCUUCGACAGGAACACGCUAGCCAACAGCUGUGGCACGGGCAUCCGCUCGUCCACCAGUGACCCGAGCCGCAAGCCGCUGGACAGCCGCGUCCUGAACGCUGUGAAAUUGUACUGUCAGAACUUCGCCCCCAGCUUCAAGGAGAGCGAGAUGAACGUGAUCGCCGCGGACAUGUGCACCAAUGCCCGCCGCGUCCGCAAGCGCUGGCUGCCCAAGAUCAAGUCCAUGCUGCCCGAGGGCGUGGAGAUGUACCGCACGGUCAUGGGCUCCUCGGCCGCCAGCGCGCCCCUGGACCCCGAGUUCCCGCCCGCCACCGCGCAGGUGUUUGAGCAGCGCAUCUAUGCCGAGCGGCGGGGCGACGCAGCCGCCAUCGUGGCUCUGAGAACUGACGCUGUGAAUGUCGACCUGGGCACCUCCGCCAACCCCACCUUCGAGGCCGGCUCGGAGGCCGACGGGGCCGGCUCGGUCGUCCAGGAGGUGGCCGCGCCUGAGCCGCUGCCUGCCGAGGGCCAGAGCCCCCCGCAGCCCUUCGAGCAGGGCAGCGCCAGCAGCAGCCGGCCCGCGACGCCGGCCGCAGGGAGGAGACCGGAGGGCCCGUACGCAGGGACCUUGUAGGGGCCCGAGGCCGGACGGGGCGCCAAGGCGGGUACUGAAGCUGCUUGCAUGCGUUACUAAUACAGACAGAUGUGGUCAAGCCACUUACCUACUGAACUGCUACUGUUGCCUGAAAAAAAUGUGAUUUUUAUUCUGCUUGUAUUUAAAAUUCAUGAAGGAAA